ACAUCAUCAACUCACUCUCCCUGCCAACUAUGAGUGCGGGCUGACAAACAAGAGAAUCUUUGCAGAUGCUGGAAAUCAAAGUAGUACACGCCGAAUGCGGGAGGAGAUCAGCAGGCCAGGCAGCAUCUAUGGAUAAGAGUCAACAGUCGGCGUUUCGGACCGAGACCGUUCCGGCUUCUGCUUGAGGUUGUGAGCGGUGAGGCAAUAACCCUUCAGUUCGUGUGCUGGUCCAGAUUCCAGUCUUUCCUGUCUCCAUAUGGCCACCUGUUAGCAUUGACAUUAAGGCUGAUUGGUAGCCAUUCCGUCCUUCAGUCGCUGACCGAACGGAGCUUCUGUAACAGUCUAACACACAAAAAAAACUGCUGGAGGAACUCAGCGGGUCAGGAAGCGUCUCUGGAAAGGAAUAAAGAGUCGCGCUGUUUCGGGCGGAGACCCCUCAUCGGGAUCCUUGGCGGUGAGCUGAAGGAUUUUAACGGCAGUUCAGGUUGUCUGCUGGAUUAACUGGACCCGCAGAUCAGUUACUGGGCGGGGGGUUUGGUCCAGCCGAACAGCGUGAGGGAUAUAGUUGCUAGUAAAGUCACUGGAGUGGCCUGAUCUCGCCUUCUUUGUGAGUGGACCCAGCCGCGGGAAGUGAACGCAGAUCUGAGGCACGCGUCGCGGGGAACGACCAACAGGCGCAUCCGGGCGCUUCUCGCCGUUCUCCUUGAGGUGGGGCAAAACUCCUCCUCCUGCGGGACAUCUGCUCUGGAGCAGGGACCUCCGCUCAGACGCUCGUGUCACCAGCUGCUGCAAGGUUGGAAAGAGUGACACGAAGUGCGUGGUUUCAGGAAAGCUGAAUAACGACGACUGUCUCCGGGGAAGUGGAACUGCCUGCAUUCUGUUGCCUGGUCGGCUGAAACCACGGCUAACUGUUGAUUUCAUGGGCACCCUGAAUGUCUGAAGGAAAAUGGAGCAGCCUGCCCGAAUGAAUCUCAGCAUACCGGAUCUGGGAAGCCGUACAGCCUAUAAUGAGUUGGAUGACAGUGAGAGGAGCCCAUAUGCUGUUGAAACACCAUAUGGGUUCCAGUUGGAUCUGGAUUUCCUGAAAUAUGUUGAUGACAUCCAGAGUGGAAACACCCUAAAGAAAGUGAGCAUUCAUCGCAAACCAAAGAUAAGGCCAUCAACGAGCACUAGUGGGUGGACCUCCACAGAAUCGCUGUCCUCCUCGACCAGUGAGGACGUUAAAGCUUUGCCAACAACACCAAAGUUUAGAACUCACACAGUUGCUUAUGAAAUAAAUGAUCCUGUGGCAAAUCAGCCCUCAAAUGCCACGUCGCCACCACCAGUCAGUAAUCUUCUUCCACCCCCUUCUCCAAGGUCUUCUCUGAGGAACAUUCGAGUGGAAAAGACUUUGCUAGAGACUAGUCGAAGGCUUCAGCAGGAACAAUUGUCCACUGAGGAUUUACCGAGGUGCGGACUAUCAAGCACUGGAUCCAAGUCGGGCAUAAAUUCGCACUGUCAAAGCCAAAGCUCCCCAUCGGCUCAAAAAAACACUACUGUAGGAAAUGGUGACGUUAACCCAGUGUCAAAUCCUUCAUUCACUGGCUUCUUCAGGUUUAGCCCCGUGAACUCCGGGAGGAGCUCGCCGGUCACAGGCAUCACACCAGCUCACCUUCAGCACAUCCGGGAGCAGAUGGCAGCUGGCUUGAGGAGGCUGAAGGAGCUCGAGGAACAAGUGAAGGUGAUUCCUUGCCUGGAGAGGAAGCUAACUGCAGUGAAUGAGGAGAAGCGGCAGCUUGUGGCAGAGCUGAAAAAAAGAAAAGGCUGUACUCCAUCUGAAGCAUUGCUCCUUCGCCAGCGGUCGUACAGCACAGGGAACGUGGCUCAGUACCAGCCAGAUGUCAAGACAGUGGUGGACCUUCAUAUUGACUUAGCUGGCGACAACAAUGAGAAGAGGUCCAGUAAAAUUAAAGAACUUAGGCGACUAACAGAGAAAUUGACGCUUGUUGAUAGGAACAAAACAUGCUCUAAAGUCUCUUCUCUGGCAACGUCUCCAACUGCCCCAAACAAAAAUGUGCUGUUGAAGUCCGUGGGUGCAGGGGAAGAAAUAGACAUGAAUGACGUUGUUUUCUACUACAAGUCAGAGAGGCCGACCGAAGAGGCAGCAGUUGGGACGGAGAUGGAGGUGACGCAUGUUGGCGUUGGAGUUGUUGAGACAAUGUUGGGCUUGACGACGGAGGCGCAGGAGGAAAUUGAAUUUCUACAAGAAAUUAUUGAGAGCCAGAAAGCCAACAUCUCGAUGAUUGAAGCAGAGUUGGAGGAGGCAACUAAUGAACUGAACAACCUAAAGCUAAAUGCACCUCUAGUCUCCUGCAAGAAGACUGUUGAUGCCAGUGUGAUGGUGCAGCCACACAUGGUCAACGUCAGCAUGGAAGCAAAGAUUCCAGUCGUGAGUCGAGCAGCCGGUGACCACUUGGAGAUUGCAGAUGCUUGUGUGGACUUUGCACCGCAGAUGUCUAGUGUAGGAGUCAGCUGCUGCUUACGAGUACACGACGUCUCUGUGGGUCCGGAUAGUCCGAUUACACAAGCGGACGUGGCUGAUCCACAUCUUGUGGAGAGUUUGGAUGUUCAUAGUCAAUGUACAACUGGAUUUAGACGGGAAGGGGCCAGUGAAAUACCUGAAGGUGACAUGAAGAUGAAUGCUAUUGAACUGGUUACAAGUGGCAGCGGUAAAACAGUAGAGUGCAGUCCAACUAUAGAAAUAAAAGGUUAUGACACCAGAUUGAAGGACGGAGUGACUAGAGUCAACUUAUCAAAAGACACGGUCCAAGAGAAACGUGUCGCAGUAAAACUCUGCAGCACAUCUUUGCAGGUUGUGUGUGAGAGGAAAACAAAUUGUCAAGAAGCUGAGGAAAAGCCCCUGGAACCACAGCACACUGUCAGCCCCACCAAAGGGGUUCUGAAGUCAAUCAUGAAAAAGAAGGAUGGAUCAGGCAACACUGAGCCAACUACGAGCAAAAAAAACCUACAGUUUGUAGGUCUUUUGAAUGGAGAAUAUGAAACAAGUUCAAGUGAGGAAUCGAGUGGUGAGGAGGGCUCCAUUGACAGAGUGAUUGUAAACAGUUCAGACAGCGAGUUGGGGAACUGCAGUGACACUUCGGAUGAGGAUGGCAUCACACGCCUGAAAGACAGCGACAGCAGUGAGAGCGCUGAGCAACGCAGGCACCAGUCCGGGAAGGAGCUGCCAGAGCAGAGCAAACAGAGGGAAGCAAAGAGAAUCUGUGAAGAGGAAGUCAAGGAGAAAUUUGAGUUGAGUUCAAAAAUGCGGGAAGUCUGCCUGAUUCUGAAAAAUCAUUUCAAUGACCCGUGCCCGGUGAAGAGCAAGGAGGUGAAGAGAAAAUCUGCAGAUGAUGGAAAGCCGAGCAACACACACAAAAUGCUGGAGGAACUCAGCAGGUCAGGCAGCAUCUAUGGAAAAAAGUACAGUCGACGUCUCAGGCCAAAACCUUUCAGCAGGGCUGGAGAAAAAAAGGUGAAGAGUGGAAUUAAAAGGUGGGAGAGGGGGGAGAGAAACACACUUAAAAUCACUAAUUAACCUAUUAACCUGCACGUGUUUGGAAUCAAAACCAGGUCAUUGGAAAUAUGAGACAUCUGCUCUGCUAGCUGUUUCACUCUGCUGCUUGACUAAUUAAAGGAUAAACAGUUAAUGUCUUUAUUGAAAGCACACUGUGCUGUCAUCUUGAAAUAACUAAAGAUGAUCAAUAAUAUUCAAUACCCAAAAAGUGUGUCUCUCCCUCCUCCCACCUUUUUUCUCCAGCCCUGCCAAAGGGCCUCAGCCUGAAACGUCAACCAUACCUUUUUCCAUAGAUGCUGCCUGGCCUGCUGAGUUAUUCCAGCAUUUUGUGUAUGUUUCCUCUCUUUAUAAUUGGGUCUCUGUUACCCUAUUGUAAUUCCACAUGAUUAAUUAUCUCCCAAUUCAUCAAACUUGUUCAACGCAAUUAUUUUGUCUUGACGUACACUAAUUGUGAACCUUUUAUUCUGGUUUCAUCCAAAGGCCUUUUGGUUCUUCCAGGGCCUUUUCUCUCUUCCCUGUUUUUAAUGCUACCUUCCCAUGCCAAAAUUAUUUUAAAACUACCCCCCCCCCCCUUCCGGAAGGAGAUAACAUUCCUGAAGAGACAGCUGCUCAUGGAUUGCUGACACCUAAGGCUCCUAUCCCAGAGCGUCUCAACAAAUGGAGCAAAGACCCGUGCUGGGUGACAGUGCACCUAUAGGAGGGGUAUGAAGGGGAGCGGGCCCAGCUGACGGAGCUGUUGGUGCUGUGUUAUUUGCACCCUGUGGCCAGCCUUUAGGACUGGCACACUCCGGAUUCCUGCUGUCAAUUAGCGAGGUUUUGGGUGACAGCCAGUGGAGGACUCUGCACCACUGAUUCACUGGUUUGCCUUUUCAAAUAUACCAAUAGCUGUACUAGACCCGCUGUGUUUGGGCUGUUGAACCAGGAUGUUAUCCUCAUGUUUUUGGGUCUUUACUGGGUGCCAGAGCAACCCCUAUCUGUUCAACUAUCGUACCAUCAGCUCUUCCCAGGUUCGACCACUCAGGUCCAAGGGAGGAAGCGGGUCAUGGGGAGACUGCCCAUGUAGCAUGGAAGGUCAUGAUUGAACCCAGGUCAGCAGCAGUACUAUCUGUGUCUUUGUGCCGCUUCCCUGUGUCCUGGGCGGGCCUGUGCCUGAUUGUCAGCCGCUGAUUAAGGCAGGGUCUCUGGAGAAGUCUGUCUUGGUGCGUUCUGUGGCCAGCUGGCUCCAGCUGCCUCUGAGCAACUGGUUUUGGGUGGGACCAGCUGAGGAAGAUGGCCGAAAAUCAAGAGCAGAACCGCCAGGAGCUCCCUGAGCACUCUUGCUGUGUGU